UGGAAGAGAGUUGCCUAAUCAUGCAAUAAUGACUUUUUCAUUGAAUGCCAGAGGAGACUUUGUCACUAACAUAGCAGCCAAAAUAUUAUGUCAUUAAUGUGACAGUCAUAGUGUCUACAGUGUGCAAAUAAAGUGGCGGAAUUACAAUAUACAGGUUGAGCCUCCCUUAUCCGAAAUCCUUGGGACCAGUAGUGUUUUGGAUUUUGGAAUACCUGCAUUUGCAUGUAUGUACAUAAUGAGAUAUCUUGGAGAUGGGACCCAAGUCCAAAUACAAAAUCCAUUUCUGUUACAUAUACACUUAUACAUAUAGCCUGAAGUAAUUGUACAACUUAAUCAUUUUGUGCACGAAAAAAGUCUGUGUACACUGGAUAAUCAGAAAGCAAAUAUGUCACUAUCUCAGCCCCCCAUGAAAAAAGUUUUUGGUUUUGGAGUAUUUCAGAUUUUGUAAUUCCAGCUCAAGGAGACUCAACCUGUAUACUUUUGUCUCGGAGAAAAGACACUUCUACAGCUUCAUUUUUGGACAGAGCCUGGAAAGUAACUUUUUUAAACUGCAGUUCCCAGAAUCUCCUAGUAUGGUUAUCUCCCUUAUACAACUUAUAAUACUGUGCAUUUGCAUGUACACAUCCUCUGAAUGAGUAAUGACCUGUGAGACAGAUCCCAUGUCUCUGAAAUUACAUGAGAAGUUCCAGGAUCAGGGAUAAGAAGUUUGAAAGAUGAAAUACAACUAGUAGGACAUAUAUUAUUUUAUCUGGCUUGACCUUUUCCCUCUCGUGUGCAAAUUACAAUGCUUCUCUUUUGGUGUAAGCCUUUGCUGUGUAGGACUAAAUGUAUCUGUAACAAUAUAUUUGACUCUACAGGAUGAAUAGCAGCCCCAGAGAUUUUAGCAGGGCAUAUGAUUCCCAAAAGGAAUGUGGUACAAGAAGAAAUAAUGUUCUUCUUCGUGGUCUCUGCGAAUCAUACAAAUGGGUUAUACGGAGCCUGCGCAGUGCUGCUCAGAAAACUUUUAGAAUCACUGGGCAAAGUUAACUUUGCAACUUUUUGGCAGUAGCUCCGCCCAUCCCUUAUAAGCCCCUUGCGUUCCCGCUCUUUCCCCAGUUCCUUUUUUUCCACUGUGUUAGCUGCUUGUGGAACUUCAUCCUGUGUUACUUGAACUGGUUCACUGGACUUUGACUUCGGACUGAUUUUUGACCAUUCUUCUUCUGACCGCCCCGUGUAUUGUUGACCAUUCGGCGCGUCUUUGACCUCUCUCUGGAUCUCGAUUCGGCUUCAUGAUGUCUCCGGCCCCAUUUUAAAAAUGUAAUAUCUGCAGUGGUAAGAUCCCCGUACAGGAUCCCCACUUGUCUUGUCUCCUCUGCCUUGGCAAGAACCACAACUCCAAAGCUUGUGUCUUGUGCAAGUCCUUGACCCCUCAGGCUAGAAAGAACUGUGAUUCCCGGUUGAUUACAGCCAUCUAUCAAGGCAUCCUUAAGCCUCAGGAUACCGACCAGCCAGGUUCGGUGCCCGUGGCUUUCAAAUCAACGCCAGCAGCUGCUGGCUCUGUGGCCCAGUGCCCCAAAACCAAGCCUAGUGCCACCGUGGCCCAGAGUUCCACCACUGACCCAAGUGCCACCGCCGAAAAGCCUUCGAAAAGGCAAGCGGCCAGUGGAGCUGGUUCAAAGCCGAAGUCCUCAGAAAAGGAUAAGGCUAGAACCAAGGACUCAGGCUCCAAUAAGAGUUCAGCCUAGGAGGUGAGCUCCCGAAACAACACGAGCUCUAAAUCCUCCUCCAAGAAGAGGCACGUCCCCUUGGAUGCGGGAGACGGCUCCCCUCACAUUUUGGCCAAAAAGGCCAAACCUUCAGCCCACACCGAGUCUUCGGUACCGCCUUCUCAUAAGAAAGCCCACUCGAAGUCGUCUGAGAGUUCAUCUUGUAAGAAGACCCACCGAGAAUCUUCGGAGGCUCCUCGACCUCCCAGGGACCUUGCAUCUUCUUCAUCUCCUUCAGUACCUGCACAGGUCGAACCGGUGCCUUUAGUCCUCACUUCUCCAAGGGCCACCUCAGUACCAGCCUCAAUCCCGGCCUCUAUCUUGCCUGCAAUGCUGGCCUUCCAUCACUCUGAUGACGACGUUCAGUCUGCUUCUCCGUCACCUCGUCAGCGCUCCCCAACACCUGUUCCUUGGGUCCAGGUGCACAAGGCCCAGAUCAAUCAUUGACUUGGACUGCUUUUAUGAUAGCGAGACUGAUAGAUAUUUCGUCGCUGUCAGUUGGGACGAGGCCUAUAGGCGUCUGUCAUCAAAAGCCACUGUGCCUCCAAUGCAGACCUCCAUCUCCAAGGAACUACCGGCACGAUCCACUGGAUCACCAGGGCAUACAACUGUUCCUCUUCAAACGUGCGUAGCUACCACUCCACCAACGGGUCGGGCGCCCGCACUGACCUCAAAGCCGCUUCCACCGGUACCGACUCCUUCACGCCAUGCCGCUACUCAGAUCGACACUAACUCUGGAUCCAACAAUGAGGGUUCUCAUGCUUCUCGCGUCGAUUUGGGCUCCUCAGACGAGGUGGCUCCUCAAUCUCCUCAAGAACUGUACCAGCCUGGAUCCUCAUCCCCAAUGGAUGAUGUCCGCACCUUCUCCGAACAUGUUAUUAAGAUGGCCAACACUUUGGAGCUACAACUUUCUCAUGUUGAGGAAGAGGCCAAGGAUGCAGUCGAGAGGAGGAUCCAUGGCAAAGUGCCGACACCUACCUUCAUCUCACUCUUGCCUUCCCUGGAGAGCACUGCAAAACGCUCUUGGGACAUCCCGGCCUCACUGACAACAUCUUCUAGAAAGAUUGAGUCCCUAUACAGGAUCUCGCCUUGCCAGUGCUCCUGGCUCAUGUCCCACCCAAAGCAGAAUUCGACGAUCGUCAAGGGUUCUCAACAGGCGUUCACCCCAAAGAUGUCAACAUCGCCUGCCGACCGCGAAGCCAAGAAAAUUGCCAGCCUAGCUAAGAAGGCCUAUUCUGCUUCAGUGUUGGGCUUGAAAGUAGCGUGCAUGGGGGCCUACCUUCAGUGCCUCAUGGAAAAAAUUUCUCCGGUCAUACCUGAUGAUCCUGAUGAAGCCCACUCCACUGGUGGCUGGCUCAUCACCUCUGUCCGGCUCGAAUUCCGUCACAACCUCCUCACCCUCUAGAAUGGCCAGGUUCAGCAUCCGGACAUCGAGAGCUUGCCGAUGGUGGCGUGGAGGCCCCGACCCUAGCCUCGCUUCCUCCCUCGGUACAGACAGUGAUCUUGGCUGCCCAGAAACCGGCCACCCAGAAGUCCUAUGCUUCCAAGUGGAAAAGGUUUCUUCUGUUCCUCUCUGAGAGAGGCCUCUCUCCAGCCCAGGUGAUGACGCCAGUGAUGCUGGAGCUCCUGAUGGCACUUCUGGACUCAGGCCUGUGCCUGAUAUCCAUUAAGUGCUACCUUUCUGCCAUCUGUUCCCACUUUCCUGAAAGUUUGUUGCAACCUUCAUCCUCCAGUCUCAGUACUGGCACCGGCUUGGAGCUUGGAUACUAUGCUAUCUGCUUUACAAUCCAAGCCCUUUGAACCCAUGGCCACCACAGACUUGAGACUAUUGACUUGGAAGACUGCCUUCCUUGUGGCCAUCACCUCUGCCCACUGUGCGGGCGAACUCUGUGCCUUGCGGAGAGACCAGCCUUUCCUUAGGUUUCACAAGGAUAAGGUUGUCCUCCGUACCGACAUUACCUUUGUGCCUAAGGUGGUGUUGGCCUUUCACAUGUGUCAGGACAUUGUGUUGCCGACCCUAGCCUCAAACCCAACCACUGACACUGAACACAGUUUGCACACUUUGGACGUUCGUAGGGCUCUGGCCUUCUAUUUGGACAGAACUGCGGGUUCGAGGCAUUCCGAGAGACUUUUCCAAUGCUACUUGGAACCAAAAAUGGGACAGCCUGUGUCUGCACAAAGACUCUCAAAGUGGGUGGCUGGUACCAUCAACCUUUGCUAUGAACUGUUGGGCAGACCUCUCCCAGCCAGGGUUCGGUCCCAUGCAACUAGGGCAGUAGCGACAUCCUCCGCUUUUCUUGUUGGGGUCCCCUUGGAGGAUGUCUGCAAAGCUGCUGUUUGGUCCCAGCCCUUUACUUUUAUUAAGUACUACAGGCUGGACACCAGGGCCAAAUGUGACGCAGCCUUCGGAAGGGCAGUGCUGGUUUCAGGUUUCAGGGUUACAUUGAUUGCACUGCAUUUCCAUUUGUUUUAUGUUCUGAAAUGAAUGUUAUGUACUGCAUUUCUAGUAGCAAACAUGCUCUGAAAUGAAUGUCCUUUGCCAAUUUAUCUUGGUUUGGAACAUUCAUUAGGUUUACAUAGGUCCUGCAUGACCUAAUGUGUUGUUUCUCUGUUUCAUAUUUUCAAAACAAGCUUAAGUACUAUUUAUAGAAGUACUGAUGACAGGUCCAACAUGACCUAAUGUGUUAUUUAUGUGCCUUAUGUCUUGCACAGGUUAAGUGCUAUUUAUUCAGGUACCAAAAUGACUGACACAGUUUGGGUUCAAACAGUUUAUUGUACUUAAUAAACACUUUAUAUGAACCUUACUUGGGUUUCAUGACACUCCCUCCGCCGCUGACCUAAGCUUGUCAGUCUCAACCCAUUUGUAUGAUUCGCAGAGACCAUGA